GCUUCAUGAGUGCCGAUGCGUUGGACGCGAGGGCUUCCCCUAUUUGGGACUUUCGCAGAAAUGCGAGCAACCAACUCGUGGUUCUAUGCAAGAUUUGUGCAGAUGGGAUUGAGCGGAACGGAGCGCUGAGCCAUCGCACCCGCCACGAGGGCAGUCAAUCCCAUAAAAGGGCCUUAAAGAGAUGUAAUGAAGCAGAGGACGAGACAGAGCUGCUUCUGCGUGGUGCGAGCAGCGUUGAUCCGGCACAAAAUGCCACUAUCUCAGACAAGGACAUCGCAGAUGAAGGGCUCAGAAAUCUUCUGUCCUCACUGGGGGGCGGUGUAUCUCAUCCUUACCCCGUUCCAAACUCGGAUUCAGAUUGGCAAACUGACUUGCAAUCGGAGGGAGGGAGCUCAAGCUCGGUUCUUGGAAUCAGUUGGAACAUGAUUCAAGCACGCAGGGACACCGAAUUCUUACUUUCCCCCGAUGACAGAGCUGUUGCCUCUCUCACAAAUGCGAUUCUUCACCGCUUUGACAUUGAUGCGUUCUCGGAUGAUGACGAGAAUGAGCGUUCUGACAAUGAUUUGGAUGCGGACACUCGUGCAGAUGGGUCCCCUUUGUACACUCAAGACCUAGACCCACAUUUGGAUGGUUUACCGCCGGCCCCGAAGCGACCUCGUGGUGAUCAUGAGCAUGAGUCCGAGGCCAGCCGUCUGUACUGGCAUCCUUGGGAAGAUCGAAUCACUUGUACACUGGAUAUUCUAAUGCAUCUUCCCUGUUCGGUCUUCUCGCAAUGCCAACUCGAUCUCUUCCUGUGGCUUCUCAAGGUCAAUAACAUACCCUAUGUACCGUCCAUCAAGCAGAUGCAACGGUUGAAUCUCGGGCUCCAGAAACUCUGUGGUAUUGAAACAAUAGCGUAUGACGGCGCUCUCGGUCACAAAUAUUUUGUGAAUAAUAUUGCUCAAAUAAUUGCGCAGGAAAUGGCGAAUCCCCGAGUUCGACCGCAUCUCUCAUUUUACCCCAAAGAUUCCGGCUCAAAAUUAUCAGAAGCUCAACAGGGUCAACGGUGGCUGAAUGAGAUUCCCGAUACUCAGACGACACCAAUGGCCCGACUCCAUGGCCAUGAUUAUUACAUUUACGAGCCGUGUAUGGCAUCGGCUGUGGAGGGAACAGCACAAUUUGUCAUACCCACCCGGUGGUUUACUCACGAAGGAUCUCUGUUUGCCAGGUGCUGGAGAAUGAUUCCAGUUGCAAGCGAGCAGGGUUCUGGCUGGCGUGUUAUCAAGACUAUCAGCGUCGAUAUUCCUGCCUCGCACUUCUUCAAGAAUUUUUUGGGAUUUCAGGCUGAUGCUGGCGUGUAUGGGGUUCCUCACCCGUCAUAUAUCAUUGAUGUUGUCGACACAAAUGCUGCUCAGUCUAGUAUUCCCUGGACAUAUACUAACCCCGUUCUCGGCAAUCCAUGGCGUGCAAAAGUCAAGGGAUGUCGCGUUGUUUCAUUCCCAAUGUGGCUAUACUGUGAUGAUACAUCCGGGAACCUUUCUAAGAAAUGGAACAAGCACAACAGUUUCUUGAUGACUCCAGCUGGUCUGAAUCGUCAUGAGAGCCAGAAGGAGUUUAAUAUACAUUUCUUGUGCACGUCAAACCUCGCUCCUCCGCUGGAAAUGAUGGAUGGAGUUGUAGAGCAGCUCGACCAGGAAAACGGAAUCUGGGCAUGGGACAUUGUCCUUCAGGAGACGGUACUCGUCAUCCCGGAGGUUCUUGCUCUGCUCGGAGACAAUCCGAUGCAAAGCGAGUUUGCUUGUCACAUCGGCUUGCGUGGGAAAUUCUUCUGCCGUGCGUGUUGGGUCAGAGGCCAUGCAACAGAUCCAGAUACUGUCCAGCCUCAGCCUUCUGCUGGUCUCAGCGCCGCUGCUCAAAACACGUCCGAUGUUGGCAGUGACGGCGAUGCAAGCAGUGUUGGGGCACAGAGUGAUGACAGUUUGAACAGCACCACCAAGUCGCAGAAGAAACGGGCAGGAGCAGGGAAGCGAGCAUUGGAGACAAUGGGACAAAUGGUAACACGCGUCAAAGCGUUCAUGACGAUCGGCCGCUUGCGCAAGAAAUCCGAGACAAUAGAACACUUGCGCUCUGAAUUCAUUACUGCUUCUACUACUGUGGACAAGAAGACACAGAUCAAGCAACAGCGUACCGAGACCGGGAUCAAAGACACUUUCCAACAGUUUUUUGUGGAGAAGUUAUUCGACUCGCACAAAAAUAAGCGUGGACAGCCGGCCCGUUUGGAAGCGCUUCGAAUUCAGGCCGACGCUCUGCCCGCUCUUGACAAGACGAUGAGUCCAGUUUGGCGAAUCAAAGGAUUGGACCCACAUCAGGACACACCCGUCGAAAUUCUCCAUGUUGUUCUCCUCGGAUUUGUCAAAUAUCUUUGGCGCGAUCUCAUUCAAUUACAAAUCAAGAACAAGGACAACAAGAAGGCGCUCCUCAUAACGCGUUUGAAUUCAGUUGACCCUCGCGGACUUGGAAUAUCCCCCUUGGCAGGCCAAACUCUCGUUCAAUAUGCAGGCUCUUUAACUGGUCGGGAUUUCCGUGCUAUCGCCCAGGUGGCUCCUUUCACUGUUGAGACCAGUAACUCCUCGCCAAGAGAUUGGAUUUCAGCAGGGCCAGGACCGCUUGCUCUCAUUGAAGGCACGGUCGCUUCUUAUCUUGGACUUGCGGACGACAAAGCACGUGGAGUGGGAGGUGUUAGCGAGAGCAUCGACAAAGGGAGAUCAAGACCUGCAGCAGACACGGUUACUGCUAAGCACAUAGCAGCCUGGAAUAACCAGACCGGACUGUUCAAGUCAUGGAACCGACUGAAACUGCUAAAUGGUGACCGUUGCGAGCUGCGAUCCUACGUCCUCGUUCAAAAGGAAUCUCGAAGGAGCGUCUGUUGUUUGGAGGAGCUGUUGCAACGAGCAGGGUCGGUGAAUAGUCUCUCCGAGCUGCCUGACGUCAUCUUGCUGCAAGAGGCCACUGUCGACCCAAGCCUCGAGCAAUACGGGAUGCCACGGUUGGUGUUAUCAGGGCGGUGGUACAUCACCUGUCUCGAGGUCAGAUUGGAUCAGAAACCAAUAUCACUGAAUGUAACACUCACCGAGAUUCGAUAG